AUGCCCAUAUUCGAUCCCUGUGAGCAAAACCAAGGCCGGUUGAACAAUCCAGUGUCCUGCAGCAAUAUAGAGAACAGCAUCCUACCUGAGUUUGAAGCAUUUGAUGAAGCACAACCUCGGACCUACAGGCCCAGUGGUGAUGAUCUUAUUGUGAAGCAUAUUUACAUGCAUAAGACUACAAACAAGGUUGCCCAUCACACUGAUGCAUACAGUUUGAGUAACCUGAUUGUCCGUCGGGCUCAAGAAUUCAUCAUGAGUGUUGUCUUCAAUCGGACAUUUAACCCACAUACGGACUUGAUGGUCAUUGAGUUUCUGAUUGGCAAUAACCCCAGCAAUACCCAACAUACUUUAAUCAGUUUGUCCUAUGGCACAAAACAAUAUACCAGUGACUGGGAGAUCCGUGCUGUGGAGACCAAUAACACCUGGCUUAAGAUGGGCAUCACACCUGCCGCUGACUGCAUUGUGGGUCUGUACAGCACCUAUGUAAGUGUGAUAACCAAUUUUGGAAAACAGCGCUCUCAAAGAAAUCAGAAUACAGACUUCUACGUGCUGUUCAACCCCUGGGCACAGAGGGAUCAGGUUUUCCUGGACAGUGAUCAGGAGAGGCAGGAAUAUGUGCUGAAUGAUGUGGGAAUAAUGUACACUGGAGUCUAUAAUAACAUUGGCAGGCGACCAUGGAACUAUGGACAGUUUCAGGAUAGUAUUCUGGAAGCUUGCAUCUUCAUCCUGGAUUUUGGGAAAAUGCCCCUCCAGUUCAGAGGAGAUGCUAUAAAAGUGGCUCGGAAAGCCUCUUCUCUGAUCAACUCCUUGGAUGGUAAUGGGGUCCUAGUUGGUAGCUGGGAUGAUGAUUACGGCAAUGGUACUUCGCCAUCGGCCUGGACAGGAAGUGUAGAGAUUCUGCGGCAGUAUUUUUCAGAAAAUGGUGUGCCUGUCAUGUAUGCCCAGUGCUGGGUGUACGCUGGAGUGUUCAACACUUUCCUAAGGUGCCUUGGCCUUCCUGCAAGGGUGAUUACCAACUACUGCUCUGCGCAUGACAAUGGUGGCGACCUGAUGACUAACAUUGUGCUGGAUGAAGAUGGGAGCCUGAACAAAGAACAUUCAGACACUAUCUGGAAUUUUCACUGCUGGAAUGAAGUGUUUUUAAGGAGGGAUGACAUUCCUAAUCGGUACUCAGGCUGGCAAGUGGUGGACGCCACUCCUCAGGAGAUCAGUGAUGGUUAUUUCCGCUGUGGUCCUGCAGCUGUGGCAGCUAUCAAAGAGAAAGCUCUGAGCUAUCCAUUUGAUGCAAAGUUUGUGUUUUCUGAGGUCAACAGUGAUGUGGUUUUCUCUCAAAUAGACAAGUACGGAAACAUGAAAACGAUCUAUGUGAACACCACCUAUGUAGGAAAGUUGAUUGUGACCAAAAUGAUUGGCUCUGAUGAUUAUGCAAACAUGACAGACACUUACAAAUAUAAGAGUGUGUCACGAAGGCAGAAUGAGACGCAACAGAAGGAAAUUGAAGUGCAGCUGUACAUCCAGGUCCUCAAAAGUGGUGAUCUAAUGUUAACCAUGACCUUCACCAACUUGACCAGUGACUCCCGCACCAUCACCUGCAAAAUCCCGGGCAGAGUGGAAUAUUACACUGGAGCCACCCGCACCCAGUUCAUACUCCUCACUCAUGAGGUGGCUUUGCAGCCUUUGGAAUCUAAGCAGGAGGUCAUCACAGUGACAGAAGAUAAGUACAAGAGCUUCAUCAUCGGCCGGUCUUUCCUGUCCUUCAUUGUAUAUGCCUUCAUCCAUGAGACUACAGUGUCAGUCACGACCAUGGAAUCGAUCUGUCUGGAAACCCCUCCCCUUCUCAUUGAGGUGAGCAACCACUCUCAGGUUGGAAAGGAUAUGUUUGCGAUCAUGAGCUUCACCAACACACUUGGCUACGACCUGACCAAUGUCACUUUGCGCAUCGAGGGGCUAGGCCUCUUUCCUGUGAAAACCAAAAUCUACAGGUAA